GCCGGAACCACGACAUCUUUUCAAUGCUGCCUGCGAUCUGCAUCUGUGCGAGUAUUUAGAGACACAAGUCUCCGUAUGUCUUCUUUGACUCUGUAUUAUCGAGUCCCUGUUUAGCGGUUUUGCUAUGAGUCCUGUUGGGUUUUAAUUCUAGUUCAUUCGACUAUUAGCCAAGUAUAUUCCGUACUAGGUACCCUUGGGGUUCACCAACCAACCCCCUUGCUCUCAGUUCGGGCCCAAGCUCCCCGUGAAGCUUGCCAAUCCGUCAGCUCCCUGCGCGGCCUGCGCCUUUCCUCUCAACGCCUUCAACACCACCGCUCGCAGUCUUUCUAUAGGCGAGCUCAGUAACACUUGCCAAAAUGGCGGCAACCAACAACAUGCACAACCUUACCACGCUGAUCAAGCGACUCGAGGCUGCUACGGCCCGUCUCGAAGACAUCGCUUCGUCCACCAUCGAGCUGCCACAAGCCGUCCCUACCCUACAGAGCGGUAUCGCAGCGAAUGGCAUCGAGCCAGCCCCUCUUCCACCGGUACAGCGAGCAGCACCAGCUCCUGCGCCAGUCCUUUCUCCAGAACCAGUGCCCGAGUCCAUAGAGGAAUUCGACUCGCUUAUAAACCAAUCCGUGGAUAAAUACCUCACAAUUAGCAAGGGCUUGGGUGGACUGAUAGCGGACCAGGCUGCCAAAGUUGCCCUGGGGUUUCGGGAGCAGCGCAAGUUCCUGCUCAUCACGACGAAGUCGAAGAAGCCCGACAUGUCCGGGGCGGAAAUGUCUAUAUACCAGGACCUCCUGAAGCCGAUCAACGACGCCCUCAUUGCCGUGACCAACAUGAAAGAGGCGAAUCGCGGCUCUCAGGUGUUCGGUCAGUUGAGCGCCGUAUCGGAAGGCAUAAUGGUUCUUGCUUGGGUCACGGUCGAGAACAAGCCAUACAAACACGUGGAGGAGUGUCUGGGAUCGGCCCAGUUCUUUGGAAACCGAGUGCUCAAGGAGUUUAAGGACAAGGACCAGAAACAAGUCGACUGGGUGCAAGCCUUUUACCAGAUAUUCCGGGACCUCGCCCAGUACGUCAAGCAAUACUUCCCCAACGGCAUUCCCUGGAAUGCAAAGGGCCAGCCGGUACAAGAAGUGGUGAAGGCCCUGGCUUCUACGCCUUCAGCGCCUCCUCCGCCUCCGCCCGGUGGUGCUGGCGGUCCUCCACCACCGCCUCCGCCAGGUCCUCCACCAGUGCUUCAGAUCAAGGACCAGAAGGCAGCGCCGGCACCAGCAGGGGGUCUCGGCGCUGUAUUCUCGGAGCUCAACAAGGGCGAGUCUGUCACCAAGGGCCUUAGAAAGGUUGAUAAAUCGGAGAUGACACACAAGAACCCUUCUCUAAGAGCCGCAUCCACCGUUUCCGACCGUGACGGGUCAGUCCCCGGCAAGAGCCCCCCUGUCCCAGGGAAGAAGCCCAAACCUGAGAGCAUGCGGGUUAAGAAGCCGCCGAAGAAGGAGCUCGACGGUAAUAAGUGGAUGAUUGAGAACUUCGAGAAGGACUCUACGCCGAUCACGAUCGAUGCGGAGAUCUCCCACUCGAUCCUCAUCAGCAAGUGCAACCACGCAACGGUCAUCGUCAAAGGCAAGGCCAACGCCAUAACCAUUGAGAACACGAACAGGCUCUCGCUCAUCGUGGACUCCCUCGUCUCGACCGUCGACAUUGUCAAGUCGCAGAACUUUGCGCUGCAGGUCAUGGGCACCAUACCCACGGUCCUGAUGGACCAGAUCGACGGCGCACAGAUCUACUUCAGCAAGGAGAGCAUAGCCACCAGGAUCUUCUCGAGCAAGUCUGCCGGCAUCAACCUCAACAUCAUCUCCGGCCCGGAUGAUGACUACGUAGAGCUCCCUCUCCCUUCGCAGAUCUGCACCUACUACGAUGAGAGUAAGGGGGACCUGGUGAACGAGAUAGUGUCGCACGCCGGUUGAGCAGAAACCCUUUUUUUCCAUCGGUUGUAUGAGUAAGGCGAGCAGGGAGAGUACUUGGAGACUGCAGCAGUGCAGUAGUGCGGGUUUGUGUAAAGAACAUUUAUAGCCGUUGCUUCCAAGCCUCGUUGGAGGACUGCAAAUAGUCAAAUUUCAGAUCAG